GAUGAUGGGUUCUUGCUUCUUUCAGCACUUGAUUCCCUUAUUAUUUGUUUUCUCUAGUCCUCCUGCUUUGUUAACAGUAGAAGCAUUCACUGGGACUUAUGGAAUAAACUAUGGAAGAAUUGCAAAUAACAUCCCUUCACCUGAUAAAGUAGUUACUCUUCUUAGAGCUGCUAAGAUAAAGAAUGUUAGGAUUUAUGAUGCCGAUCACAGUGUUCUUAAGGCCUUCAGUGGGACAGGGCUAGAGAUUGUUAUUAGCAUUCCAAAUGAAAACUUGAAAGAUAUGAGUGCAAAUGAAGAUCAUGCCAUGAACUGGGUUAAACAAAAUGUGCAGCCCUUCCUUCCAGACACCCUUAUUUGUGGGAUUGCUAUAGGAAAUGAAAUUUUGGGAGGGAGUGAUUUUGAGUUGUGGACAGUAUUGUUGGGUGCAGCCAAAAAUGUUUAUAAUGCUGUAAAGAAACUCGAUUUAGAUGGUCUAAUUCAGAUAACUACAGCACAUUCCCAAGCCGUCUUUUCUAACUCGUUUCCUCCCUCAUCUUGUAAAUUCAGAGAUAAUGUUGCUCAGUAUAUGAAACCUCUAUUGCAAUUCUUCUCACAGAUUGGCUCUCCUUUCUGUUUAAAUGCAUACCCAUUUCUAGCCUACAUGAGUGACCCUGGAAAUAUUGAUAUUAAUUAUGCUCUUUUUCUAUCAACAAAAGGGAUUUAUGAUCCUAAAACUCACCUGCAUUAUGAUAACAUGCUAGAUGCUCAGAUUGAUGCAGCUUACGCUGCAUUGGAAGAUGCUGGAUAUAAAGAUAUGGAAGUCAUAGUUACAGAAACAGGAUGGGCUUCACAUGGAGAUGAAAAUGAAAAAGCAGCUACUAUAGAUAAUGCACGGACAUACAAUUAUAACUUGCGGAAACGGCUUGCCAAGAAGAAAGGAACUCCUCUUAGACCAAAAAAUGUGGUUAAGGCUUAUAUCUUUGCAUUGUUUAAUGAGAAUUUGAAGUGGGGACCUACUUCUGAGAGAAACUAUGGACUUUUCAAGCCUGAUGGAAGCAUUUCAUAUGAUAUUGGCUUCCAGGGACUUCAAUCUUCAUCUGCAAAUUCACUACUUUCAACAAUUAAGGAACAGGGAGGUAGAGGUUGCUAUGAGCAUCAAAUCUCAGUAGCAAUAAUAUCUGCUUUAACUCUGCUUCUAUUCUUGCAAUGAUGGGUUAAUAUAAGUUUUGCCACUUUGAAUUCCCAAUCAAAUGUCAUUGAUUGUCCUGGCCUACAUUCAAAAGUUUCCAAAACAGCAUAAAUUAUUCGGUUCAUGAAGUAUUCUUGUUUUCAUGGAUGUCUACUAGAAAAUUACUGAUAUUUUUUUCAUAGAAAACUUGUCACAAUAAAAUGUAUAUUGUGAAUUAUUAAAGAACAAAUGCUGUCAUUUAACUUUUUAAGUAUAUUUCAGCAUCCUUCCAUUGCUAUUUCAUGUU